CGGUAACCCGUAAUGACAAAACAGCUGAAAGAAUCAAAGAAUUUCGUUUUACUCGAGAAACAGUCUAGACUGGUGUCUAACUAACCGUCAUCCAUCACGGCAGUGAGUUCUAGACGUCAAACGCACGAGUGAUUGAACAUGUCGACAGUGACCGAGACAAUCCUGCUGUUGCUAGUAGUCGCCUCCGAGAUUUGUGGAGACGGACGAAUUCGACUUCAUAUGACUGAGUUGUUAAGUCCCUUUGCUCCAAGAAAAUAUAAUGCCGAAUGUUGUGAUGGAAACGUUGCACCACGGUGUCUUCGCGUCUGCCUGAAUCACUUUGAAGUUUGUAACCGAGGAGAAAUAUCAAACGGACCGUGUCUACAGACAUUUCAGACAAUAACGUACUAUGAUCUCAUAAUCCAACUCGUUAGCACUCUAAAAGUGUUCAAUGCAACAGAAGCAGUGUUCGACUUCGCUUUCAACAAUUCAGCUCCGCAACUUCAAUACGCGUACAUAGAGAUUAUAGACAUUGGCGGAGACCUUGUAGAUAUCUAUCAUCUCAUAACGCUCAAUGCGAGCCGUACAAUUCAGACAGGUGUAGUAAAAGGCACACGGCCAAUUCUUCCAACGAUACUAUCAUUUGAGUGGCAGCUGUUAUGUGACGACGACUGGUUUGGCGAUGACUGUGGAUUAUACUGUAUUGCUCAGAACACGGUGUUUGCUCAUUACACUUGCAACCAAACAACAGGCGACAAGAUAUGCAAUGACGGAUACGAAGAUCCGAGCACCAACUGCACCAGAGACCUAGACGAGUGCACGUCCAACCCAUGCCAGAAUGGUGCGACAUGUCACAACUGCAUCAAUCACUACGCCUGUACUUGCGAGGUGGGAUACACCGGAGAACGCUGCACUACAAAAGAGCCUAUCUUCUACUCUUGCGUAACAACAGAGCCACCAACGACAGAGCUGGUCACUACACAAGUAGCGACAACGAAAUCUCCAACCACAAAUGCGCCAACAACAGCAACCACAAACCGUCCGACGACUAACCAACCGACGACCAACAAACCGACAACCAAUCGACCAACUACAAAACGUUCAACUACAAGUGCAACGAUGCAACAACCUACAGGAGACAGCAAGAUGGGGGGAGAGAAAAAAACGAUAUGCAAGAAAGGAUUUUCCUACACGACGCUCGGUGUUUCCGCUGCAAUCGCUGCCGUUCUCUCGCCAUGCAUCACCUUGGUCUUGCAAAUGUGCGUGAAAGCGACACGUAAAGCAAGUAUUCAUUCAGCAAACAUACAAGCAAAAUCAUGAAAUUCCCAAUCACAACAUGUAACAAUUAACUGCAAUUCUGUUUGUUGACUUUCACAAGAAACCGUCUCUAGGCAACCAUACGGCAUUGAAGAGGUUUCUAGAGUACAUUUAUCCAGUGGACUAUAGACUCUAUUGCUGCUGUUUGUGUCUAGCUAGAUCUACUAAAACAUGUAGGCAGAGCAGUUGUCUCGUAUACUGAACUCUAACACUGAUAUGUAUCAG